AUAGCCCAGUUAAAACUGGGUCAGACCAAGUAGUGUCGUAGUGUCGCACAUUUCCAGGUUGUAAGAAGGACGCCAGGAUCAUUUCCCCAAAAAUGGCUACCCAUGCGAGAAAAUGGAGACUUUAUUCGAUUGUUCUGUUUUCAAUUUUAUCAACUUCUGUUGUACGAGUCAACUCUCUAGACCAAUUUGACGGAACUUGUGGUUCCGUAUACGAUUUCAUGCAGACCAACACACAAUCUGCACUGCUUGAAGUUCCAAUGCCAGAGUCUAUGGCGCCCUACCAGGAUCCCUCAAGUGACACACGUUGUGACGUCAUUGUGACCUUCCCCCCGGGUUUAAAUCUUCUUAUAGAGCUCUACUUUGUGGACAUCAUCCCACAGACUGCUGAUAGGAAGACUUGUGACACUGGCUUAGAGAUCUUUGAUCAGAUGGGACGAAAGUACUACGCUGGCCGUAUCUGUGGUGAGGCGGUAGAGUGGAGUGAGCGAAUGGAGACUAGCAAACGAUCAGUUGUCAUUGAGAGCUCUCCACUCAUAUUCCGUCUAUACAGUAGCGGCUCUUACAGAGGUGAAGGGUUCAGAGUUCACCUCAACCUGUUUCGACCCUAUUGGCCUUGUUACGGAUCUGAGUUCAAAUGUCAGAAUAUUCAGCGUUGUGUCCACGAUGAUCUUAAAUGUGAUGGAUGGGACGACUGUGGGGAUAGCUCUGAUGAGAGAGAAGAGGCUGGGUGUACUGACACGAACAGAGGUGUGGCGACCCCUGGCGCUGACACGAACAGAGGUGUGGCGACCCCUGGCGCUGACACGAACAGAGGUGUGGCGACCCCUGGCGCUGACACGAACAGAGGUGUGGCGACCCCUGGCGCUGACACGAACAGAGGUGUGGCGACCCCUGGCGCUGACACGAACAGAGGUGUGGCGACCCCUGGCGCUGACACGAACAGAGGUGUGGCGACCCCUGGCGCUGACACGAACAGAGGUGUGGCGACCCCUGGCGCUCAACACCUAAUUUGGCUACUGCUAUUAGUUAUAUAUACAUUUAUGUAAAUGUAAAGCUUUUGGCAAACUGGAAUGCUGAAUAAUAUUAUUGCCAGUGUUGUUUUUGUUAUAGAACCUUUAAGAUCAGUAUAAUGAUUACAAAAAUAGUUUUUUCACCAGCAAAGUCUUGUUUAACUAAAAGCAGAUUAAAAUAAACUGAAGCCAUAGUAU